AAUGGCUUGCACAAUUUCAUCUUGUUGCGGAUAUACUGAGAUCCCCUUUCCUUGGCCACUUUCGUAUGGUGGGGGCACAAAGCACCAACCGGUCAUGAUAAGAUAAAAAUAGAACUUACGUGUUGAUAGAAUCCAAAUAAUGAAUUAGUAAACGCACCACGUAAAAAGCUUCAUCCAGCAUCUUCUUCAAUAAGUGUGUUUUCCUCGAUCCUAACUCUCACUGGAAAACUAGUACCUGAACUUGGAUUGAAUCAUGGGCGGUGGUGGAGAUUGUAGUGAGGCUUCUUCUUCUUCUUCUACCUCCUCCUCUUCUUUCUCUCUUCUUCAAGAAGAAGAAGUAUUGUUGGAUCAUAACUUGGAUGACCUACUUCAAUUCUCAUCACCAAAUAACAAUACCCAAAGUGAUGAUAUCAUGGGUGUUAAGGAAGUGGAUGGACUGGAUUUCUGUUUGGGUUCUUCUGGUUCUUAUGAUUCUGAGAUUCUAAAGAUGAGAAGAUUCAAAGCUUACCAACAAAUCAUGGAGAAUUACAAUAAUUUGGAAGACCAAAUUGGAGGUUUGAAAGAAGCCAAAGACAUGAUAAUUAGCUAUAAGCCUGGAGCUUGGAUUGAAGAGGUUGCUGGUAUGGAUGUGAGUGAUUAUGAUAUACCAAAGACAACGACCCUCGUGUUAAUUGGCCCAGAAGGAUCUGGAAAGAGUAGCCUUGUGAAUAGAAUUUCAAGAGCCAUUGGGGAGAACAAGUUUACAUCGGAGAGGGCUCAAGUAUCAUAUAAUUCAUCAGCUGGAGACGGGACCUAUUUUCUUCAUGAAUACAUGGUACCCAGAGGUUCAACUUCUUUUUGCUUGUACGACACAAGGAGUUUAUCAGAAGAUUCACGUGACAAUUCUGAAAUGUUUAAAAAUUGGAUGAUCAAUGGUGUUCAUCAUGGCCAACUAGUUAUCAGGGAUUCAGAUGCUUCAAGUGUGAAGGAGAAAUUGAACCACAAAGCACGUGGUUUAGGCUGGUUUUAUGGAGUGAGGAGGAGGGUUGGCUUUUUUAUUUUUGUUGUCAAUGGACUUUCAGUUCUGAAAUCCAUGGAAGAUGAAGACAACAAGAAGUGCACAUACAUGGUUGCAAAGACUUUUAGCAGCCCUUAUUUGUCAUUUAAAGAUGAUAAACCUGUUGUCGUGAUCACACAUGGAGAUUUUAUGUCACAUUCUAACCGUGCUCGUGUACGUUUGCAUCUGGGAGAGUUGCUUGGCAUUCCACCAGAUACACAAAUUUUCGACAUCCCAGAUAACUGUGACCCAUCUACUGAAUUAACAAUAGCAGACAUGUUAAGAUAUUCCCUUGAGCGUGCUGAUAGAAAUCUUCCUCAUAAACUCAAGGUUCCCGGAAUAUUUAUAUUUAUCAUCAUGAUAUGUAUGUUGUGCAUCUGUUUAUUCUAUAAAUGGAAAGUUAUCAUUCUAUCAAAGGACAAAAUAGUUCGGAAUGCAGAGCACUAUUCCAGUCAUAGCUCAGAUUUUUUGAAGGCGAUGCGUUACUGGAUGUUUAAAAGAGAAACUCACAGAAACUGGCAUACAAUGAGGCACCUUUGGUAAGGUUAGAAUAGCCUUUACAGUCUUUAGGUUGACUACUCUUCUCUAGUGUGCAGCCUCUUUAGCAUCUUCUCCAAUUGUAUGUUUAUGUAAGUAAGUAGUUUCUUAGUUAUGUCCUGCAACUUCUGUUUAUAUGUCCAUCAGAAUAACAAAAAAGAAAUAAAGAAAAAACAAGUGUGUAAAUAAAAUUCUAUAUAGCUCCAAGUGAACGCUUGUUGGUCUUUUUGUGAUCGUUGUGUUACAUAAUACCUGCAAGGAUUUGGCUUACGUUAUAAAUACUGCUUGGUUGUACUUA